UUACCAACUCCAACUCCAACUCCAACUCCCCCCGAUUUUUAAAUACAGUAUUACUAAAAUUUACUAUAAAUUCACCGCAGGCAAAAAUCAACCACCAUUUCUCAUUUAUAAAUAAAUUUACAGAUAAGCAUGGCAGAGGAGGAGAAGGAGAAGGAGAGCAACGUAGGAAGAAAGUGACAGCGACUACGCUUUCACAGGCAUUUGAGAGCAGAGAGGAUGAUUUAGAGCAGAGAUCGGAGGAUAUAAUAGUAUAAGGGAGGCAGGGAGUUAGUGAGAGCAGACAACGAUGGUUUUAAAAUGGCGGAGAGCAUUUUGCAAGUCAAUUUCAAAGGAGGAUGAUACGAGAGGCUCACCGAUUAUUAAGGAGAAGUUGGAGCCUGAUCCGAGCCCUAGGCUUGGCUCUAGGUUUGGUGGAAUUUUCUCAAAUCCAUCGACGCCGCGGAUGAAGUCGAAGCCGGCGGUGAAUGUGUCGGUUCCUAGCAGUUCUGCGCCUCAGAGUCCGAAGCUUCGUUGCAGAACCCGAGAGAGUUCGGAUUUAUUCACUCAGAGUCAGAGCACACCUUCUUCGCCUCGAUCGCCAUCUGCGUUUAACUUGCUCAAAUUGAGUAUCAAUCGCGCACCAAAGAGUAGAUGCGGAAUUUGCUUACAGAAGAUGAACUCAGAACAAGGAACGGCGAUGUUCACGGCGGAGUGCGGCCAUACUUUCCACUUUCCGUGCAUGUCGGCGGCGGUGAACAAGCAUGGAGCCCUAACGUGCCUCAUUUGCAACUCCACAUGGAAGGAACCUCCUCUUCUGCCGUCCGAUGAACCCUACCAAGGACGAAUUAGAACUAGAAAUAGAAGCGAAGCUGUUGCGAGAGAUUCCAAUCCGAAGAACAGCUCGAGAUGUUUGUUGAAAGUCUACAAUGACGAUGAACCGCUUUCUUUCCCAGCCUUCGGCGUUCGAUUCAAUCCAAUAAUCGAAUCGGAUGAGAUAGACGAAGAAGAAACGGAUGAUUUUCCUAAUUUUCUAGCAGAGAGUUCUAGAAGCUUCGAGAUCUCUCUAUCACCGGAGGCGGCGUCGAUUUCAGUGACUAAGAGCAGCGAAACCUGCGCAGUUGUACUGAAAAUCAGAGCUCCGGCGGUGCCUGCGCGGAGAGCUCCGAUCGAUCUGGUUAUGGUGCUCAACGUCGGCCGGAGCAUCACAUUUGAAAAGCUCCAUCUAUUGAAGAAAUCAAUGAGGCUGAUGCUCUCGUCUCUCUCCGAAUCCGACCGCCUCUCCAUCGUCGCAUUCUCCGCCGCCGCUUCGAAGCGGUUGCUUCCGCUCCGGCGGAUGAACACAGCAGGAAAGAGAUCGGCGCGUCGGAUAAUCGACGCCGUCGUCGCAUUAGACACCGCCGCAACCUGCGCCACCGACGCACUCAAAAAGGCAGCCAAGGUAAUCUCCGACCGCCGUGAGAAGAAUCCGACCGCCGGCAUCGUCCUCCUCUCCGACGGCCACCGCAACGCCGCCGUCGUGUCCUCCACAACCUUUACAGGUAUUCCCCUCCACUCCGUCAACCUAACCGCCGCCGUCGACGCGGCCGACGGAAACACCUUCGCGAAAUGCAUUAGCGGUUUAUUGAGCGUAGCCGUACAGGAUCUGAACGUUAAGCUAGAAUUCCGUGCCUCCUCUGCUCCGGCGGGUGUCGCCGCCGUCUACUCUCACGAAAUUAAACCUGCAUUACUCGCCGGCGGCGGUUCCGGCUGGUUUCGAACCGGCGGUUUCCGGUCCGGCGAGGAGCGAGAAUUUCUUAUAGAAUUGAAAUCCGGUCCGUCACGGCGGCGGGAGCAGCGGCGCGUGCUGUUCAUACAAUGCUCGUACAAAGAUCCGUUAACGCUACAGUCUGUACGGCACGAUGACCAGGUGGCGCUUCCCGUGCCUCCGCCACGCGCCGGCGGGUCAUCGACGCACCUCAAAUGCUUAUUCAUUACGACACGCGCCGUCGCCGAGAGUAAAAGAUUAGUCCAACGAAACGACGUCGUAGGGGCGAAGCGUAUGUUGGUUUCGGGUCGGGCUUUGGUUCUAAAAUCGGGUUCGAGUUCGGAUCCGGAUUCCGUCGUGCAGUUUGUCCGGCGGCUUGAUGCGGAGCUGGCUGAGCUGAGCUGGACGGAACAAGGGCAGCUGGUAGGAAGGAGCAACUCUGGUAGCGAAGCCGGAAGCGUGGAGGACAAGCCCGAGCCGCUUACGCCGACGUCGGCUUGGAGGGCGGCUGAGCGGCUGGCAAAAGUAGCCAUCAUGAGGAAGUCAUUGAAUAGAGUCAGCGACUUACACGGCUUCGAAGACGCUAGAUUUUAAAUAGAAACUAUUAAACAAAUAGAUAAUAAAAAGAGUAAUUGAAUUUACAUUAUAAAGGACAAAAAUUUAGGACAAGUGGUGGGAGCAUUCUGGAAAGCCCAUGUAGCGGCGCUUUAAUUUGUGCACAACACAUUACUUUUUAUUUUCAUUAAAUUAGAUUUUAUCUUUUUCUUACCCAUUUUUUUAUAAGAAAACCAUCACUCUUGCAAAAUAUUAUUUCAUCCGUUCAUAAACUAAUGUCCUACUUUUUCAUUUGGGAUAUUCAAUAACUAUUGUCC